AUGGCAGGAUCCAUCGACUAUGCGCGUCUGCGCGAACAGACCAUGGGCUCCGGCCUAGACGAAGAAGCCGUCACAGUCAACACUCGAGCGUUGAUCGACAAAGUGCUGGCCAGAUACUCAGGAGAAUGGACAACGCUGCGUGAGCUCAUCCAGAACGCAGCAGACGCACAGGCGACAAAGGUUUCGAUCAAGUUCGAGACACUGCCUUCGCCGAACGUACCCGUACCACCCGCCAGCGAUCCGUCUGCCCAACUCAAGCACGUCUUGACCAACCACACACUACAACGACUGCUUGUCUCAAACAACGGUCAAUCCUUCGUCGAAACAGAUUGGCAACGCCUCAAGAGAAUUGCAGAGGGAAACCCGGAUGAAACAAAGAUUGGCGCUUUCGGUGUUGGCUUCUACAGUGUCUUCGCCGAUUGUGAGAACCCCUUUGUCAGCUCGGGCGACCAGACCAUGGCCUUUUACUGGAAAGGCAACAGCUUGUUCACCAGAAGGGGUAGACUACCAAAAGAACAAGCCACAGGCGAGACUGCCUUUGUUCUCGACUACCGGAAUACAACCUCUCCCGUACCGAACCUACUCUCCAUCUGCCAGUUCCUUGCCACCAGUUUGACCUUCGUCGGCCUACAGUCUAUUGAACUAUGGGUAGACCAGUGGAAUAUGAUCACACUCAACAAGAAGAUGGCCCCAUCAGCCGAUGUCACCAUUCCUCACGAUGUCAACCCCAAGACAAAAGAAGGACUCAUGAAGAUUGUCGGUGUGGAAUACCAGAACGCCCAGAUUGAUGCAAAGUGGUGCAAUGUCAUCGGUUGGACGCGUGUUGCCGGUACUCAGCAACAGCUACAGCCAUCUUCGUCAGAACCUCCGACUCAGUCGCUGCGUGGCUUCUUCAGUCGCUUUGCAUCAGCAGCUACCGGCCCUAGUGCUGCCGCCAAACGCGCCGCAAAAGAGGAGGAGGCUGUACAGAGAGCCAUUUCAGAGGAUCUUUCAGGUACAAGUACCGCUUCAGUCUUCUUGAGAAUCAGCACCGUCAAUGUUCAGACAUACGUCAACAAGACCUUGGCUGCUGAACUCGAGCGUGCCACAAAGAAGCCACCGCCAAAGCACACCAGAAUUGCCAUUUUGACAUCUUCAUAUGAUGAGAGUUCUGUCUCUAUGGCCACCCUUUCAGGCUCUUCCUCUGGCAAGGCCUCCGAAAUCUUUGCUUCUGUCCUUCCUAGCAAGAACGGUCGUGUUUUUAUUGGCUUCCCCACUGCCCAGACCACUGGUCUCCUUGCCCACAUCUCUGCUCCUUCCGUCAUCCCUACCGUCGAACGUGAGAGUAUUGAUUUGAACGCACGCUGGGUACGUACUUGGAACGUCGAGAUGUUGAGAGUUGCCGGCAUAGCAUGUCGUGUUGCCUAUACAGGUGAUAUGGCAGAACUGAAAUCCAAGCUUGAGCGUCAAAUGAUCAUUUCGGGCAACAAGAAAGUUCAAAAAGAGGAUUUGCAAGCUGUUAUGGCUUCUGCAAUCCAUACUUUCAAGCAGUACACUUUCUCCGAGUCUACACCAUCGUCUCAGGUUGGUGCAAUUAUCGAAGAAGCCUUCUGGACUUGUAACCAGAAAGGGUCCAUCAAUCUUUUGUCCACCCGUGGUGUGCUGCCUAGCUUCGAAGUCCGUGUUGCCACGGAAGACCUCAGCUUCGUGGAUGGUAUCCCUGUCGUGCCUGAUGAGAUCAUGGACAAAGCCUCGGUCUUCAUGCGCAAUCUCAAAGAGUACGGCCUGCUAUCUGACAUCACUACUCAUGAUAUCAAGAAAGAGCUAGAAGCACGUGCCUUGGAAGAAAAUCAAUUGACCGAGCUGAUCAAGUGGGCAGCCGGCAAGCUGAGUAGAGACGAGCUAGACGUCUCUGCUCUCCACUCCCUCUUCGAUGGUACUGUUGCAACCAUUGCCGAGGAAUACACUAGUACCUACCCUAGUCCGGUAUUACUCCUAGGCAGUAUUGACUCGUUUUCCAACCCAAGCAAGAUCCCUGCUGAGCUUCCUGCGCCUUCGACAACCAUUCCUUUCCGAUUCGUCAAGAAUGUUCCCAAGAAUCAACUUGAGGCUUUUGGUUGGAGUGAGCUUCAGAUCGUGCCAUGGCUGCGUUAUGUCAUCGAGAAGGACGGUACAGGCCUUUCCGCAGAGCAGAGCCUUACCAAAUCGCCUCAAUUCUCUGGUCAAGUCCUUUCUGUUGUAUCCAAGUCAUGGGAUGGCCUUAGUCAGUCCUCAAAGGGUACUGUCAUUCAACUCCUGGAGCCUAGGACAGUGAUACCCACCAAGCUCGGAAUGCGCAAGCCAGCUCAGUCUUACUUCGCAUCCGUGCGGCUCUUCGAUGAUCUGCCCACUGUGCAUGGUCUUCAAGGCGUAAAGGAAAAGUUCCUGCUGCCGCUUGGAGUUCGCAAGACUGUUGAGCUCUCUGUCGUGUUCGAGAGACUCAUGGCCAAAUUCUCAGGCGCCGCAGAAGGUAAGUGGAGUCAUGUUGACUUGAUCAAAUACCUUGUCAGUGUUCAGACAGACAUCCCAAGCGCCGAUUACGAUAAGUUGCGUAAGACGCCUAUCUGUCCUGCCGAAGUGCAAGGUGAUGCGAAGGCUAUCGAAGGCAAGCUUUUCAAGGUCGCAGAUCUGUACGAGCCGCUCCCUGUUCUGCGAGAGCUCGGCUUACCACUUCUACAAUGGCCUGGGGAGUUCCGCAAAGCCAGCCCCGAAUCGAAAUUCCUAAGCGUGCUCGGACUUAAGGCUUAUCCUGGUGUUCAAGACUUGAUACCAAUCAUGACGAAGGCAGCUGCUGAGGGUGAUUCGAGGUUGUACGAGAAGACCCUUCAGUACUAUAUCACCAACCACUACACCAACGGAUACCGUACUUUCCCGGUCGAGCGAGUCACAGUACCGUUCCUACCACUUCAGGACGGCGAUUUAAAGAAGCUGGCAACUCCUACACAAUGCUUUGCCAACAAAAGAUCUGCCAUGCUCGGGUUUCAGAUCAUCAGAGAAGAUCUGCAGAAGCAUGCUGCUCUGUUCAAUGUCGAGCAAGACCCUCCCAUCACCAUCUGCGCUGAUCGUCUUGUAAAGAGCCCUCCCAAGUCUCGCGUAGACGCUAAGAAUGUGUUCAGCUACUUUGCUGGUCGACUGAACGAGAUUGGUGCUUCUGGAAACCUUGCCGAGAAGCUGGGUGAAUCGCGUAUCAUUCCAGUCGUGAAGUCCGGUUCAGGCAAUGAGAAGAGCGACAAUGUCCGCUACACUGCUCCUAGGACUUGUUUCUUGGGCGACAGCGCCACCUACGGUGAAAUCUUUGACUUUGUUGAUUUCGGCUCUGAGGCCAAUUCUUUCCUACUGAAGAUUGGUUCUAAGCAUGAACCCAGUGCACCAGAGCUUGCAGGCAUGCUCGUUCGCGAACCAUCACGCCUGCUGGGUACGCUUGGUCAAGACAAAUAUCUCAGCCUUUUGCGUCGCAUAGCAGACAACGCAAGUGGAUUGAGGAACGACAAGAUGCUUUGGGCUGCACUCAAGCGCUCACCAUGCCUGCUUGCCGUCAAGGAAAUUGCUCCCGCUAGUAGCAAGGUCACAGAAGACGAACAAGACUACUUUGAGGACAACGAAGCGGCUAUCAAGGAAUGGCAUCUUGCCGUACCCUCGAGCAUCAUCCUUGUUGAUGAUUUUUACAGCUACCGCCUUUUCAAGGAGAGAUUGCUUGCUGGUCCUCAAGAGGAGAUACUCGAGAAUUUGUACGCUGGACUCGGCGCCACCUGGAUUAGCAGUCUUAUCGAAGAUGAUCAGCGAAUGGGCGGCCUUCUACCCGAUCAGUCUUCUGCAGCAAAACUUCAAGGUUUGAUUGUUGAGCGUUGUCGUCUAUUCUUGCAUGACCACACUGCGGAUAUGAUUCGCCAUGACUCGAAGUGGCUCGAGAGCGUCCUUGCCGUCAAAGUUGUCAGCUCAUUGACUCUGACAAAGACUCUGCGUGGGUACAAUGCAACAUACAAAGAGAAGAGAACCGCUGCGCUGCAUAGAGACACGAAAAAAGAUGCGACCCUAUUCGUGACAGCUCGUCCUGACUUCUACGAGGUUGCACGUGCGAUCAUGUCUCUUCUACUCAAGAGACCCAAGCAACAAGAUUUCCUUGCAUUGGAGAUGAUCUUGGAAAGUGAUUUGCGUCGUCUCAAGACCAAGGGCUAUAACGUAGACCGCAUCCUGCGCCAGAAGGCUGCUGAGAAUCGUAUGGCUGAGAACAAGCGACAACAGCAGAUGGAAGAGGAGCAAAAGAGGAUCACUGAGAGGGAGGCUGAAUGGAAUGCACAACAGCAAUCACGGGCUAUCGAUGCACCGGAACAAUCACAAGCCACACCUGAGAAGCCAAAACCUAUUCCUGGUGCAUUUGACGCCUCUCCUGAGACGACGGUUGCGCAGCGUCCGAAGAGAAGCACAGGCUUCUUCUCCAACCUUCAAAGACAGCUUGGAUUUGAGACGGGUGCGGCAGAGCAGGAACAUCAGCAACAACGCCUGAAGCAGUUGCAAGACACACCUCGUCCAGAAGCUGGACCUUCUGAUGCCCCGCCACCAUAUUCGGAAAACCCCAAUCAAGUUGUGAAAAAGUCUACUGUUGCUCAACAGCCCGAAAAGAUCACCCCACCUCACCAGAUCUCUCAGAAUCUCAUGUCAGCAGUCAACUCUUCCCGUGCUCACGACUCGGCCGCGCUAUUCUCUCCACCUACAGAGAAUCAAGUCAAGGAAACACCAUCCUACUGUGACCAGACACCUGGUCAGGACCUUACAUUCAUCGGCAACACUUCUGCUGGAGUGAAGAUCUUCCUUGCAAACGCCAUACCUGCAUCCUCUCGAGCAACGUUCCUGCAGAAUCACGCCGCUCAGCUUAACGCGUUCGCCGCCCUCCUACUCGACGUCGGCAAUGUAUUCCUCCUCAAGCCACAAUCACUGCAUAUCUACUAUAACGAAACAGGUAGCAGUAUCGCCUUCAACCGCCAAGGCUCAAUCUUCUGCAACCUUCGCUACUUUUUGCAGUUGCACUGGCAAAACUUCACCGCUGCAGGAGGUGUAGGCAAACAAGCUGCAGCAGUGUAUUGGUUCGUCACUCUGUGUCAUGAACUGGCACACAAUUUGGUCUCUGAACAUAGUCAGCAACACGAGUUUUAUACGGAGAGCUUUGUUACCGAGUACUUUGGAAAGAUGAUGGGGAAGUGUGGGCAAUAUGCUGCUGAGCCUCAAGCUUCUAUUCAGGGUUGA